UGCAACUCAGCUCAUUUCUACUUUUUCAACUUCGUUAUAGUGUAGAUAUAGAGUACAGCGUGUUCUUAUAAAAAAGAAGGCAAUAUAAUAAUAAAACUAUUUGAAAGUUGUCAAUUUUAUAAUAGAACAAUCAUAGAACAAUUAUCAUUCGAAUGGUAUUCCAGCGGGAAUGUUGUAAUUCACAUUGUUUUUUAAAAACAGAUGUUCGUUGAAAAAGUUUUCAAUCACGAAACAAAUGUUAUGUUUUACACAUGCUUAAACACUGAAAACAUACAAAUAUCGACCAAUAAAAUUGUGAUUACCAACCUUGUCCCCAGGGCUGUAUUGAUUUCGACAGGAAACCAUUUACUAGCCUACAUUCAACGACGUAGCGUGGGUCUAUAACAUAGGCUGAAGCUAUCGUUCACUAUUUAUUUUGAAAGGGCCGAGUGAGUAAAGAUGGUGGUAGGCUUGUGAAUUCAAAACAUUCCAAUGUUACGAAUGUGAUUGCAUUAAAAGCUAGAUUGAAAACUUGAUUAUUACAGCAUGAAUGGUUUACCAGAUUUCUCACAAAUGAAUUUAUUACCAAAUUAUGAAAGUACUCCUUUACUAAAGAUGCCGUUUUCUGACACAUCAGAUGUCACUAAAAAUCAACCAACUUCGUUGGACUUCUCUGCGACUGGUGUUAGUUUACGACGAAGUAUUGAGGAAAAUGAAAAUGCAAAGUCUCCACUGCGUUUUAGUUUCACCACUUCAGGAAAACAUUACACAACAUCGCCAACAUCCAAGUUAAGUGAUGUUGAUGCAAACACAGUUCAACGACAGCGUAAGGAAUUACAACUAAUGAUUAAUGAAUUAAAAAGUAGAGAUAGGGAGUUGAACCAGAUGGUACAUUCGCAUCAUAAUCAACUGGUAUGUUGGGAAGUUGAUCGUCAAAGGAUCUCUAGCUUGGAGAAAUGUCUAUCAAAAACAAAGGUUGAAUUGCGGAAAAGAAAUGACAGGUGCAGGUUGCUCAAGGAGAAACUUCAACUGUUUCAAAAUGGCGUACAAUCAAAGAGUAAGGAACUUGAAGCAACACAGUUGCACUUACAACAUGUAUCUGAAAAAGCAAAUAUAUCAUCAACCCAUGUUGAAGAACUGAAGACAAAGAAUAACACCCUACAAUCCUCAAUUAAAGAAUUAUCUACCAGAAUUGGUUCCUUACAAUCCAAAGAACAAGAAGUAAACGUGUUGCUCAGGUUAAAGGACAACGAUAUAAGAGAUGCUAAUCACAGAAUAGAAGAAUUAACUGAAAAACUUCAAGUGACAUCAACAUCCCUAUCUGAGUACAAAAAGUUGGAUAGUGAUAUGAAAACCAAACUUGAAAAAAUACAAAAUGAAAACCAAACAUUAAAAAAAGAACUUAGCCAUCUUAAAAGUCCUGCGGAUAUGCAUUUUUCUCCCGAAAGAUGCAGGGACGAAAUAUCCUCUUUAAAACAAGAUGUUCUUCUCUAUCAAAAAGAAUUAAUACUUGCAGGAGAAAGAGAAAAACGAAAAGACAGUUUAUUAGAAUUGUCACGCUCAAAACAAGAAAGGAUGGAAGCAGAAUUAAACCAACUCCGACAGCUAUACACAGGACUUCAAAAAGAUUAUAUAUCAACAAAACAAUUACUGGACAAACAAGAUGACGAGGUAAGUGUGGUAUCUGACUUGGAUGAAAGAGAAUUUUAUAUGGGAAAUUCGUUGAAUAAAUUAGACAUUCUGCAAUCUUCGAACAAGAAACAACAUACCGAGAAUUUGCAACUUUCAAAAGAAAACAAAGCUGAUAUUAGCUUUCAAAGCUUACUGAGUGAUGAUAUUGGUGCCAUGACAACAGGAGAAUUGAAAUCAAAUGAUAUUUUAUCAGGAUGGGAUGCGAACUCGAUGAACAGUGUAUCUCCUACUUCUCACUUACAUCAACUUCUUGAACAAUCAAGGCAAAUGGUUCAAAAGCUUGAAAAUUCGUCACCGUAUUCUUCGAAGCAGACCUCACCAGAACAAACAAAUAAGAUAAAGGAGGAGAAUUAUGGUGUGUCAUAAAAUAGAUGCUCCACUUUCACUUUCCAUGUUGACCCAGUCCAGAAAAAAUGUCAACUGCGUUGAAACUGAGAUUCAAUACGCUGUAGUGAUGUGGCAAGCUUCAGUAAUGCGAUCAUCCUUUUGUUAUGUUUCGAACCAACAUUGUGACUAAUCUAUAUGUAAUUUUUAUGUAGUAUGUUUUGUUGUAGGUGUUAUUUAUUUUGGUGGCUCUGGGUUUGGUAGAAGCGCCUGCUUUCUUCUCUGUGUUUUGUAAUAAUUUUGUUAUAAAUCAAGAUUUCCAACAAGAUGUGAAUGACGAAACUUUUUCUUCUCUCUGAAUGUAACUUUCGCGUUAAAUUUUUGCAUAAUGUUGUUCAGAAAGCAUCAAGGAAUGUGAAAAUUUUUAAUCGUUUUGUAAUUAAAAUCACGUUUUUUUUUUUGGUUUUUUUUUUAUAAGAAAAAUUUUUAUAAGAAAAUGGACCUCAAAAGCAUCAAAAUCCUAAGAAAAUUUUAAGAAUUUCCUAACAAAAUUGAGGCUCAGAUCAGGUAAAAAAACAGCGUGUAUACCGAACGCGAGAAUUAUGUUUUUUAAAUCUAAAAUUAUACUAAAAAACGGCUUUUUAUUUUUCUUAUUAAUUUCCAAAUCUGUUUAACACUGAGACUCGUUUUUAAUGGAAACCGCAAUUGAAUGAUAUCGAAUUUCCAUUCGACUCUUGAAGAGCCUGGGGGCGAGGUAUUAUUUAUAAAAACUUCAAUGACAUAUUUCGCAAGUCGUUUCAUAUGUGCAUGCAUACCGUUGUAACAUGCUUAAAAUAGACAUACCUCUGUGGUGGAGUGUUUGCAAAUUAACGGGCGGUGUAAUGACGCUCCAUCGCAAACGUUGGACAAGAUAUUAAUUUUAAAAGAUAAUUUAAAUCUUAUUAUUUAUGCAUAUUUUAACAGUCUAGAAAUUUAUGAUUGUAAAAAAGUGUUUUUAUUGAAUAUAAUAUAUUUCACAUC